UUUCAGUCACUCUUCAUAGGGCUUUGUUUCCAGACUCCUGAUCAUCCUGGUUGCCCUCCUCUGAACACGCUCCUUUUUUGGUAGGAUGGAUUCAUCUUUAUCAACAAAAUUUCUAGAUGUAGAUCUGAAGAUUACUGAGGUACACUACCAUCCAAAAGAAGUUCUUGUGAAAUUUCAAGGCAGAUAUAACCCAGAAUGUGAAUUUGAUUAUCACAUAUUACAAAGUGAAUUACAGCAAGCAUCAAAAGUGAAAUAUUGUGUUGGUGUUGGUGAAUUCUGUUUAGUAGAAGACUCGGUUUCUGGAGAAUGGUACAGAGGAAGAGUAGUACGAAAGAAGAACUACAUCUAUGAAGUAUUUCUUAUGGACAGUGGGAAAAUACUUGCAGUUCAUGACACCCAUAUUGCUUCUGCGCUUGAUGAAUUGUUUCAGCUCCCUCCAAAGAUGGUUUGUGGGAUUUUUGCAAAUAUACUUCCAGUUGAAGAAAAAUGGACUCCUAAAGCUUGGAAUUACUUUUCAUCCUUAAUAGAUUUGCAGAUUAAAGGCCAUAUACAAGCCAUCCUACCACACCAAACAUUUCUCCUUGAUGUGCCUAAAAUCAGUAGUGAUGUGGUUGAAUUAAAAUUAGGGAAACUUGUGGAUGGAGAUACAUUCCGUCUCAUUGUAGAAAUGUUAACUGAAGUUCCACAAGAGACCCUUUGUAAACAAAUGCCAGACUUACUGCGACAGAAAUACACAAGGCCAGACACUUUAUUCUCCAGUGCUGGAACUCAGCCUAAUGUUCAUCCAGUUCUGAGUCGCCUUCAGCCACUUUUAUUUGUUGGUAAGGUAGAGAAAGUAAAAAUAUCAGUGGCAGUCAGUCCAAGUAGAUUUUAUUGUCAGCUAUUACAACACCAGAUGGAGUUGGAUAAGUUGACAAUAAGCAUGUCUUCCUGUUAUGAAACAGUUAGAGAAAAUGUUCCAUCCUGUGACAAUCUUGGAGUCCUCUGUGCAGCAAGACGAAAAAAUGGUCAGUGGCACAGGGGAAUGAUACAGCAGCUGCUUUCUGAUAACAAAGUGAAGAUUUGGUUUAUGGACUUUGGAGACUGUGAAGCUGUGCCUUCUGGUUUUGUUUUGAAGCUUCAUCCAGAAUUCGUUUCAAUACCUAGGUUUUCAUUUCCUUGUGCGCUGUCAUGUCUUAAUGAUCAGGAUGAAACUGUAAGAAAUAAUCAGCUAGAGGAAUUUAAGGAGGUCCUCUUAAGUCAAAGUGCUGUUUAUGCCCACAUUGAUCUAUUCAGUGCUAAUGAACACUUGUAUUAUGUUACAUUGCAUAAACAUCAGUCUGCAAUGAAUAAUAAAUGCAAACCUCAGGGAAGUGAUGUGGUUCCAAAAUGCCACCCUUUCUUUAAAAAUGAAAUGUCACGCACAGGUGGAGACACAAAAAUUUCUAGUUCAAACCCUAUCUGUUCUGAGUAUGUUCAUAGGAAUACUCUGAAAUCGGGAUACUCUUUAGAACAAAAGGACUCUCCUUUAACAAUCCCUUGCAAAAGAGCAAAACUGAAAAUGGAUUCUGACUGUGUUGCGUUUGUAGUGUAUGUCUUGAAUCCAUCAAACUUUUGGGUUCAAACGAGUGAUUAUCUAGAUGAAUUUGAAGCCUUAAUGAAAAGAAUUGCAGAUAUGUAUGAUGCAAUUGAAGCUAAUGAUAAGAUUCUGGAAAACCCAGAACCUGGAAAGAUAUGCUGUGCACGGUACAGUAAGGAUAUGCAUUUUUACAGGGCUGUCAUCAGGGAAGUAGUGGACAGUAGUAUUAAUAUUUGUUUUUUGGAUUUUGGGAAUACUGAGACAGUGUCACUCCUUGAUGUGAAAAUGUUGCUUCCAGAGUUUCAGGAAUUGCCUGCUUUAGCUAUAUAUUGUUCACUUGCUAAUGCAGUUCCGAUUGAAGAUCUAUGGAUUAAAAAAGAAACAGACUACUUUAAAGCACUUGUGGAUGGCCGACAGCUCACACUCCAUCCCAUUGCAGAACAAAACAAUAAGUACAUUGUCAAUGUGCAGUUUAUGAAUAGCUUACAGCAAGGUGACAUUCUCAUGCUGAUGGUUCAGGCCGGAUAUGCUGAAUAUUGGGAAGUAAAGCAAGAUCCGCUUCUCAAGAUGGUCCGUGAUUCUCAAGUACAAAGCUCAAAAUGUACAAAUAAAAACACCCGAAAUAAAUCUCAUGGUCAGAACAAUAAAGUAGGGAUAGGUAAUGCUACUGAUCAAAAUGAGAAAUUGCUGAAUACUCAUCCUGUGAGAAAAGAGCAUGUUACUUCCCAACGGUGGGAAAGCAUACUUUCAAAUAAAUGUAGAAAAGCAUCUGGAGAAAUUGAUAGAUUGGGGCCUUAUAGAGAGUACCAGUUUAAACCAGGAGCUAUAUUUGAUGUUGUGUGUUCUCAUGGUACUUCACCGGGUGACUUUUCAUGUCAAAUACAACAUAAAUUACCAGAGCUAGAAAAUUUGAUGGAACAAAUUCAACUUCAUUACAACACUCAGAUGAGGCCGUAUGAGGAUGGGCAGCUUGCCUGUGUUGUGAAACAUUCUAAAGAUGGAAGGUGGUACAGAGCUGCAGUGCUAAAACAUGUGAAUAAAACUAAAGUUGAUGUAGUAUUUGUAGACUAUGGUAACCAAGAAACAGUUUUGCUGAAAGACCUUCAAGCUAUUUUCCCAGACUUUCUGAUCUUGGAAUGUCAAGCAUUCAGAUGUUGUCUUAAUAGUGUCACUGAAUCCUUAAUAUUUGACCCCUCUAAAUGGACUGCAGGGGCAUGUCAUGAUUUUGGACGUUUUGUUUCAUCUUCCAGUGGACUACUGACUUGUACUAUUUCUGCCCUAAUUCUUAGGAGUCCUAACUAUUUAUAUAAUGUGGUUGACUUGCAGACUCAAUUUACUACCUUACAGCAAUUUCUCUCAGAAUGUGGCCAUACCCAGUUUUGGUCUUUUGAAUUCACAAGAUCGUUUAUACCGUCAUUAUCUCUGUACAGCUUUUACUAUUCGUCUUUUAACGUGAAAAUUGGAAAUAAAGAGGAGGUGUGUAUAACAUACAUAUUCAGCCCUACUAAAUUCUAUUGCCAGCUAAAUAGAAAUGCAGAUCAAAUAGACAAACUGUUGGAAAAGAUUGCAGAGAUUGGUCAAAUAAAAAACCAUGCAGACCAAAUAAGCACUCACAAUUUAUGUUUAGCCAAAUACUUUCAAGAUGGCCACUUCUACAGAGCUUUAGCAUCUCCUCAGGGAUCAUCAGGUUUCUGGCUAGUAUACUUUGUGGACUUUGGGAAUAAACAAUUGGUAUCAAAAAAUGAACUGAUUCCCAUUCCCGAUCAUUGUUCAGAAUUAUUAUUCACCCCCAUGCAAGCUCUCAAGUGUUAUCUGUCAGAUCUAAAAGAUAUUGAAAUACCAACUGAAAUAAAUAAGUGGUUUGAGAAGAAUUACUUGGGGAAAGAGCUGAAAGCAGUAAUAGUAUCUAAAGAAUCUGAUGGGCAGCUUGGUGUGGAGUUGUAUGAUAGAGAUUUACAAAUAAAUAGGAAGAUUAAAAAAUUACUAAAGCACACAGAGUGUAGUGUCAACCCAAAAGUAAUAAAUAGGUGUGUAGAACAGUCUGGAGGCAAAAAUGUGGUGCAUAAAGUUAAGUUAAGUGCAGAUAAAAUCAAUGUUAAAAGUGAAGUAGCUGAAUGUAAAAGAGAAGCAGAAAACAAAGCAAAUUCUUGCAAUCAAAGUGGUGGCAAGUUAUGUGCUGAAUAUGGAAAAGAAAUUCUUGAUCAGAAAAAGUGUAGCAGGCCUGUAAAGCUUCCAUCACCCUUGGAAAAUACAGAAUCAGUUUCGCAGAAUAUUCCGGGAGAGAGAUGUAGAAGUACAUGUAGAGAACCUAGUACAGAUGCAGUUGAUUACCAUUCCAUGGAGUCAAACCAAGUGGUUGCAGAUACUGUGACUGAACUGCAUAUUUUGAAACGAAAGCCUUCAGGACAAGAAAGAAGUAGCACUGUUAGGCAAAAGUACACAUAUCUUCCACAACGUAUUAUUCAGCCAAAUUCCAAAGUUCUAGGUUAUAUUUCCUCUUUAACUAGUCUGUCAAAUUUCUAUGUUCACCGUGCAGAGGAUGAGGACACAAUUGUGAAGCUGGCUGAGGAACUGAAUGGAGGCACACUGAUUAUAGAGCCAGAAACAAAUGCUGAAUUUGAGGAAGGUGACAUCGUUUUAGCCGAGUAUGAAAUUGACUGCUGCAUAUACAGAGCUGUUGUUAGGGAAGUUAAAUCAGAACAGUCGUUUGAAGUAGAAUUCAUUGACUAUGGUAAUACAUCAACUGUGAAUGCAUCAAAAAUGUACAAGAUGGAAAAGGUUUUCUUAAAUUUGCCGAGAUUCAGCAUACACUGUUUCCUCAACAAAACAAAGUAUGCAUUUCCAGAUAAAAAUUGGAGUCGUGAUAUUGUUGCCAAUUUUGUUAGUAAAGUAAAUAAUCAGCCACUGAUGUUUGAGUUUUUACAACAGCAUGGGCAACAGUGGGAGGUUGAUAUAGUCAGUCAAGGGAUGUCUAUGAUCAAUGAGUUAAUGGAGAAAGAAGUCACUUUCGGUUUACAAAACCUGCUUGUGUUAAAUCCUGACCAAAUCACAAAACAGCUUCCAGCAACAGGUAUAGAUACUGAUGAUAAUUACCACAAUGAAAAAUCAGAAAAUCAAAAUGUGUGUGAAGUGUUUAAUGCUUUCGAAAGUCUUCCUAGAAUUUCCUGUCAAAAAUUAAAACCUGGACAGCUAGAAAUAGCUGAAAUAGUUCAAGUUUCAAGAGAUGGAAACUUCUAUGUGAAAUUAAAUAAGGAUGCAAAAAUAUUGUUAAAUAUAAAUGAGAUGGCUGCGCAAGAAGCAAAGAAGAACUCCUUCCUUGCAGUGGAAAAUAUUAAAGAAGGAUUAGAAUGCCUGACAAAAUCGAAAGAAUCCUUGAAAUGGUAUCGAUCUGAAGUUAUAAAAAAAUAUGUGAAUAAGGAGUGUAUGUUGGUUUUGUUAAUUGAUUUGGGAAAAUACGAAAUGGUGUCAUUUUGUGAUGCGCAGAUGCUGAGUGACAGAAUGAGGGCUAUUCCUAGAAAUGCAGUACGCUGUAAAUGUGCUUGGAUUGAAAAUCUAGGAAAGCAGGCUUUUGAGAGAGUGGUGGAGAUGAUGAAGUGUUUUGAGAUCAAGAUCUUGUUUCUGAGAUACCUAGAACCGGCUUUCAUUUGGGAAGUAGACAUUUUGAUAGAUGGGAUUCUGCUUCUGCAAUAUUGGAAUCAAAUACCUUACCAUGUAACAGAAAAUACAAAUGUGGAUGAAACAGUGUUAUUUGUGCCGAAUUCCAUUUUAUGGGUACCGUUCCAGACUGAUAGACACUAUCCUGGGUUUGUCACCUCAGUUACUGAUCCUUCAAACUUCUGUAUCCAGUUAGAAACGUCAUUUAAGGCUCUGAAAGCAUUGUUCAAGUUACUCUCUGACCUUCCAGAAAACUUGCCAACUAUGCCAAAGGAACUUGUCACUCCUGGUGCCACUUGCUUGAUAAAAACUGGAUCUAAUGAAAAGUGGAACAGAGUUGAAGUUUCUGAAAUCUCCAAAGUCUCCAAUCAGGUAAUACUUACUUUUAUUGAUGAUGAUGGAUUAUCAGCUCCCAUCCCUAUCUCUGAUAUCCACAAGCUGAAAGUUAUCCCAGAGAAACUUGUUGGUGUACCAAGAUUAACUUACCCUUGCUCUUUGUUUGGCGUGUUACCUGUUGAUGGGGAAUAUUGGAGUGAUGAAGCAAAGCUUACAAUUCAAGAAUUUCUUGGUAGACCAGGUCUCACGUUCCAAUUCAAGCAAUACCACCGUGGGCUGAAGCUAGAAGUAGAUGUUUUAUGUGAGCAGAACUACGCAACAGAUACAUUGGUUGCUUCUGGUUGUGCUGUGUAUUCUAAAAUUGUAUCCUCUUUGGGUUCAGUUAAUUGUGCAGAGCUUCAUCUGUUGAAUUCACAAAAUUUGCCUGAUCCAUUCCAAAUGUGUGGUCAGAAGAAUUCUGAUGCAAGAAUUCCUUUGCCAUCAGAUCAGAAAGGAGGUCCACAAAAAUCAAACAGUGUUUGUGGCAACAUUUCAAGACAGAGCAGCUCGAAGAUACUAUGUCCUAAGAAAAAAGGGUGGCAGAAGGCACUUUUGUUCAAUAACACAAGAAAUAAUGAAAAUCAGUGUAAGAAUGAGAAGAAGUUAUUUUAUCAACUUCGUCACAGAAAAGAACUCAAGCAUUCUGCACAGGCACACCAUCACAAGCAAAUUUAUGAAGAGAUUUGAACACUCCAUGACAGAGAUAAAUACCUAAUUCCUACAAUUGGAACCAAGAAAUGAAUCGACAAUAGUCAUCAGAACAACUUCUAUGCAAAAGGAAGAGAAUAUGGGUUAAAAUCUUAAAUGUUAUUUUUUUUUUAAAAAAAUCCCUUAUACUUCCAUAAUCUCAAAACAAAAAUACAUAAACCUAAAACGUUAUUAGCAUCUUUGUGUUUAGUCUCUGCCCCCAACCUGAGAAUUGGUAUUUGUUCUUGAAAUCACCAAAGGGGAAAGGAAACCAUAUUUAUUAUUUUUGAAUAUUGUCUAGUUACAUUAACAAAGGCUUUUGUUCCCCUUUUGUCAUUUCAGUGGUCCUCUUAUAUCAUAAAAACCUUUACCUGUAUUGUUGAAAAUUCUACAAUUAUGUAAUAGUAAUUAAUUGAAGUCUCUAGCUUCAAAAAAGACUACUAUUAACUGGCUUUUGAAACACUGCGGUAAGGUGUACUUCAUGGGUUGGUUGAUGGUAUUAUAUUGUGUUGGGUUAUUGCUCAAGGUGGAAUUGCUCCUGCGUUGACCUACAUAAGGAACAUCAUAAUGUGAGAAGCAACAUGGAAAUGUGAGAAGUUAUUACAGUUUGUUUUGACCAUUACAGAGCUUUGUGGAUUUCUGCUUCAAACUUAGGUGCCCCAUGUUUGCCAAAACCCACUGGUUUAAUAUUUUUACCAGUGCAAAAGCUUGGUCUGAGACAAACCUAAUAGGACUUACUCCCUUUGGUUUCAGUGGAACAUAUUUCCAAUGUAAUAUGUUCGAGCUGUAAAGUGUAGAUGUAACUACGAACUUCCACACAACUUGGCAAUCAAGCGGGUUCUUUUUUAUAAUCCUCUACUCGGGCAUACUUGUGUGAGUCCCAGCACACAUUAGCUGGAUGCAGAGAGUAGAGUAUUAAUGUAUAGAAGAAAGAGUAUGUUUUGUCUCUUUAUAAACAACACAUUUUGUUGUAUGUAUGCCAUGUAGGAAGAGUGAGUUAAUUGAUACUUAUGUAAUUACCUAAUAAUAAGCAAAAUGCUGAAUGUUUUGAGUUUUAAUCAUUCUUGCUUGUUUUCAAGAUGAGUAAUGUAAUAGUUUUAAAAUUGUUUUUAUUUGAUCACACGUUCAAUUGUUUAGUCAUAUGCUCUUUUCCCCUCUCUCACACGCAUACACACACACACACACACGGGCCUGAUAUGUGCAGAAGGAGACUCUGAAUGUCACAUUUUUACUGCAGCUCCUUAUGCUACAAUGGAUCACAAUUAUGAGGGGUUUCCAGCUUUGUUGAGUGGCUCUUUAGUGGGAGGACCUGCGCUGGGAAGGGGAAGCUCUGGCUUUGGCUCAGAAGACUCUGCUUGAUUUUUUGGAUCCUGUCCCGUACCGUUUUCAACAACCCUAAUGUAUAUGUUGAAUCACACCACCAGAGAUAGUAAAUGUAAAUUGACUUGAGAACUGGUAUGCUCAUCAUCUGACAAAACAAGUGAUUUUUCCUGCAUCACCAGAGAAGAAAAAGGAAGUUAAUUUUUUGUUUAGGACUCCUAUAUGAACGUGAACUGUAAUAUGAGAUGACUUCAGACAUUCUGAUGAAGCAGGAUGUUUUCAAAAAAACAAGUUCCAUUAGAUGGUCGAUUAACUUUUGAGGGGAAAAAUGUGUGUUUGAUAUUGCAGGAUAUACAGAAAGUGUCCUACAAUUUAAAAUAAAAACUUGUAACUUC